AUGGUACUGCACCCCCGAGUGUAUGUCAAGGCUCGCGAUGAGAUUGAACGCAUUGUCGGCAUGAGCAACCUGCCUACGCUCGAGCAUAAAGACUCGUUGCCGUAUAUCAACUGUAUCAUCCAAGAACUAUAUCGGUAUGACACUAACAUUCAUUUGAUAGGACUGCCUCAUCACCUGCAGUCGGUCGAUGAGUACAGAAACUUCCACAUUCCUAGAGGUUCAAUGAUUUUCGCAAACAUCUGGUACGUGUGCAGUCGCCAAUGUGUGCAAUUGUACUAUAACGCUGUCGGAACCGAUCCUGAGCGAUUUGAGGACGCAAAUGUCGACGUAUUGUCUGAUCCUCGUAACUACGUGUUCGGCUUUGGGAGACGGAUUUGCCCAGGAAGGCACUUCGCGGAAGACGCGAUUUGGUUAGCCAUCACGCACAUUGUUUCAAUCUUCGAUAUUGAGAAGGCAUACAAUGCGGACGGUGGCGAGAUCACACCUGCUGUUCACUUCCGUCCGGGCCUCACUAGGUGA